UCUGAUUUCCGGCCAUUUUGCCAGAAAUUUUGUCUUUCAACUGACGUUUGCUUUGACGAAAUUUCAGAAGAUAAUAGUUUUAUUUACUAUUCUAUAUAUUUAAAUGUGAAGUGAAUACAACAAAUAAACACAGUAAAGAUGGCCCGAUACGGUCAGCGACCUGAAAACGCUUUAAAGCGAGCAAAUGAAUUCAUCGAAGUUGGAAAACCAGCUAGAGCCCUUGACACUCUUCAAGAAGUUUUUCGUAAUAAAAAAUGGGCGUACAAUUGGUCAGAAUCCGUUUUGGAACCUAUUAUGUUCAAAUAUCUAGAUCUAUGUGUAGAACUGAAAAAGUCUCACAUUGCCAAGGAAGGUCUUUUCCAAUACAGGAACAUGUUCCAGUCAGUGAAUGUAGGAUCACUUGAAAAUGUUAUAAGAGGGUAUUUGCGGAUGGCAGAAGAAAGAACAGAGAAUGCCAGAGAACAGUCGGCACAAGCAGUUAUUGAUAUUGAUGAUUUAGAUAAUUUGGCUACACCUGAAAGUAUAUUAUUGAGUGCUGUUUCUGGAGAAGAUGCCCAAGACCGUUCAGAUCGUACCAUUCUUACUCCAUGGGUUAAAUUUCUUUGGGAAUCUUACUGCCAAUGUUUGGAACUUUUGCGUACAAAUGCUCAUGUUGAGAACUUGUAUCAUGAUAUAGCCAGGAUGGCUUUUCAAUUUUGUUUAAAAUAUAAUAGAAAAACAGAAUUUAGAAAAUUAUGUGAUAAGUUGAGGAAACAUUUGGAGGAUAUCUGCAAAUUACCAACACAAAUGGCGAAUGUUUCCAUGUCUAAACCAGAAACUCAACAACUUAAUCUUGAAACAAGGCUCCAUCAACUUGAUUUUGCUAUUCAGAUGGAGUUAUGGCAAGAAGCCUACAAAGCCAUUGAGGACAUCCAUAACUUGAUGAAUUUGUCCAAGAAGAGUCCAGUACCAAAAACCAUGGCAAAUUAUUACCAGAAAUUGGCUAUGGUGUUCUGGAAAGCUGGAAACUAUCUAUUCCAUGCUGCUGCUUUGUUUAAGUUCUUCCAGUUGUCAAAAGAGAUGAAGAAGAACAUCACUCCUGAGGAAUUACAAAGAAUGGCCUGUAGGGUAUUAAUUGCCACAUUAGCAAUACCAUUGCCUUCUGCUCAUCCAGAAUUUGAUAGAUUCAUCGAAACUGACAAGUCACCUUUAGAGAAGGCUCAGCGCCUAGCAGUUUUGUUGGGACUUAUUCAACCACCUACUAGAGCUAGUCUUUUAAGAGAUCUUGUAAGAGUUAAUGUUGUGAACCUGGCAAGUCCCCAACUACAAGAUUUAUACAAUUGGCUGGAAGUUGAGUUCCAUCCGUUACUGUUAUGCCAGAGAGUGCAUGAGGUGAUCAAAUCUCUCGAAUCUGAAGAGAAUGCAGCUCUCCAACAAUAUGUGCCAGCUUUACAAGAUGUAACUCUGGUGCGUCUGGUGAGACAGAUAGCACAAGUCUAUCAGACCAUUGAAUUUGCUAGGUUACUUCAGAUUGCCAAAUUUACUACACCUUUUCACCUGGAGAGACUUUUGGUUGAUUGUGUGAGACACAAUGAUAUGCAAAUUCGUAUUGAUCAUGGCAAACACUGUAUUCACUUCGGAAUGGAUCUGAGUGAGAGCCAAAGAGAGGACAAACCAGAGGGGCCCACUUUGCAAGUUAUGCCAAGUGAACAAGUCAGAAAUCAACUUAUUAACAUGUCUACUGUAUUGAAUCAAGCCAUACAAGUCAUUAACCCCAACAAGAAGAAGCUUGAGAGAGAAAAAAUUAGAGCUGUUAUGGUUCAGAAUUAUCACGAAACAAAGGUUAGGGAACACCAGAAAAUUUUACAGAGACACAAGAUUAUUGAGGACAGAAAAGAAUAUAUUGAGCGUUUGAAUACAGUCAGGGAAGAAGAGGAGCAGAAAAGAUUGGAAGAAAUGCAAAGACAGCACUUAAUGGCUGAACAAAAACGAUUGGACCAAGAAAGGGAAGAAAGAGAGCGGAAACGUGCUCUAAAUGAGAUUCAGCAGGUUAAAGACAGACACUUAAAGGAAAAACUACAACAAAUCAGACAAACUGGUCAUGGUCAAAAGAUACUGAAAAAAAUGGAUGAAGAUGAUAUAAAAAAACUUGAUGCAGACCAGAUAGCGGUGAAAGAAGCUGAGGAGCUGCAAAAGGAACGUCGAGAACUUCAAGCCAAGCUCAAAUCCCAAGAAAAGAAGGUAGACUACUUUGAGCGUGCUAAACGGUUGGAAGAAAUUCCUCUACUUCAAGCCAAUAUGCAAGAACGUCAAUUACAGGAUCAAAACUUCUGGGAGCAACAGGAGAAGGAGCGAAUCGCCGCAGCAAUUGAAGAGCGCAAGCUAGCCGUCGCAACGAGAGACCGUUUGCUACGUAUGAAAGUCGACAAAGAUGAAUUCAUCUCUAAAUUAAAGAAGGAGAGGAACAUUGUUUACGAAGACAAUCUUAAGGAAUUCGACAAGAUGUUGAGUGAGGAGAGAAAGAAGAGGCUUUUGGAAAGAAAGAUCCAAAGAAAAGAGGAACGCCGUGCUACAUAUAUCAAAGAAAAGGAAGAAGAAGCCGAACGUAGAGCCAAUGAAAAGAGACGUCGCGAAGAAGAAGAAAGAGAGAGAUUAGAGGAAAUAGCGAGGAAAGAACGGGAACAACGUGAACGCGCACAAAAAGAGGAACAAGAAAGGAAGAUGAAGGAACAUCAAGAGAGUUUGGAUAGAGUUUGGACGAUACAGAAAGCUAAAGAGGAAGAGAUCGAAAAGAAAUUAGCGAUGGAAAAAGAAAGCGGCGACAAAGGAAAAGAUUCCUGGAGGAAAGACCCCAAGAAUAGCUCUUCUUGGAGGAGGGACGAUAAACCUGCUGAGGAACCGAAAAAUGAACCUUGGAGAGCAUCUCGUUUUCGAGCAAAUGCCGAAGAACCUCCAAAAGGCGACACUACAACUACUUCUUCUUCUUGGAGGAAUGACGAUAAAAGAGACGAUCGCCAAGGUGAGCGUCGUGGUGGCGACGGCGGAGGAAGAUAUGGCGGCCGCGAGGGCGGAAGAUUCGGUGACAGAGAAGGUGGUGUCAGAUUUACGAGAGAUAAUAGGGGAGAUCGCAGAGACGAUAGGGAGAGGAGAGACGACAGAGAUAGGGAGCGUAGAGAUGAUAGAGAUAGGAGAGACGACAGAGACCGUAGAGAUGAUAGGGAGAGAAGGGACGACCGGGGCGGAAGAGACGAUAAUCGGGAUCGAAGAGACGAUAAUCGGGAUCGCCGAGACGAUCGUGAUCGCCGAGACGAUCGUAGAGACGACAGGGACCGAAGAGGCGGGGACGAAGGUACUUGGCGUAGAAAGACUGACGACGACCGUCGUUCUACUCCUAUGAGGAGAGAAGCAGCUCCAGAAUCAGGAUGGAGGAGUGGUGCUAACCGAGAGACCGAUCGCAGAGAUGAUACUAAGAGAGACGAUAGAAGAGGAGCUCCGAUGACCAGAGAAAAACCAGCUCGCGAGCAACAAUCUCAACCGGAAGGCGAGGAGGGCUGGUCCCAAGUAGGAAGGAGACGUUAAGCCAUUAUAUAUGUAGACUAGAGAAUUAAGUUACACAAUUAUACCGAUAUUUUAUUUACCUACAGGUUAUGAGGGUUUUCAUUUAUAGUAAUCGUUAUUUUAAUGCGGAACUGGCUUGUACUCGUUGAUAAGGCAGUGCUGUGUGCUAAUUAACCCAUAUAGUUAAUUAAUAAAAUUUCAGAUAUGUA